AUAUAUAUUAUUAAUUUGCUGGAAGAGAAAAGCCUGGCGGCUGGCGUGCUCUUUCCUGAGCAAAGCAGGCCUGUUUUCACACUGAUGAAAGGCCAGCUAAUUAAAAACCAAAUUUUCUCUUCCAUUAUUAUUAUUUUUUUCUACCAAAUUAAUAUUAGUGCACAUGUACAGCUUCAUCACUGUAUGACAUCCUCGAUUGCUUUGUUUCCCCUAUAAAUAUUGCUUCAAUCAUAAGUCACAUCUAUCUCUUGUUCCACUCUGUCUCUCUCAACUUUCCUCGAUUGUAAAACUUUUCCUGGAGAAAAAAAAUGGCUCUUCUGAGGAGAUCAUAUGCUUACUCAAAGGUGGAGAAGGAAGACCCAGAAGAGAUUAUUCAUCAACGAGCUCAGUUCUUGGUCUACAAAGUGCUAGAACAAGCAGAUUCUAGAAGAAAACCAUCGUUUCUACGAUUGAGGUUGUGUAGGCUAAAGGUGAAGAUUGGGAGAAGAUUGAAGAAGUUAAGGAAAAGUGCGUUGGUUAGUGUUUCUGCAGCUAGAGUUUGUGUUUACAAGCAGGUUAUUAAUCAAUUGAAAACUUGGAGACGCUUGUUUAACCGUGGUGAUGGAACCAUUGCCAGCCUUCCACGUCCUUUGUUCACUUAAAAAAUAUUUCAUUUUUGUUUUGUUAAAAUACAAGAGUGAUUGUGUUUUCUUCUUUAGUUCUUCUUUGCAAUAAGACGUUUUUAUUGCUUUUUUUUUUUCCUACCAUCACUUGGCAUUGUCUUCAAGACUUCAACACCAAAAUCAAAGCUUUCCAGGCUGAUAUGUUUGGUUGAAAAUUGAAAUAGAUUAUUGGGAAGUCUACUUUCCUUUUUUCCUUUAAUACACUCGAAUUUGCAUAUGGGAAGAGUAAUAUGAAAUUAUGGAUGACAUAAAUGAAACAAAAGAACUGGUUUGAUUGAUUCAAGCCUGAUUAAUGGGGUGACCAAAGAGUGUUCUCCUUUAUCAAAGGAUUCAAACUCAGUCCUAAAUAUGUUCGAAAGGUCAUCAGCUGUGCAUGAGCAGAUUUUGGCCUUUUACAAACCCACCAAUCUUUAGCUUGAAGCCAUGUAACCGAAGAUUGAUAAGUUGAGUAAGAGAAGAUAAAAGCCUGUUCCAUUGAUUUCUAGAUCAACCCAAAAAAAGUUAGCCUGGUCAGAUUGUGGUCCUGGUACUGAUUCCAGCUAGGUGAUUAGAAAUGGCAGGAUCAAGUGAAAUUUAUGAUUGACCCCAACUGGGAUUUGAGACAGCUCACAUGG